CUUUAGGACCUGGGGGGAGCUUUGUGCUGGUGUCCCCCGUUCUCUGUGCAGGGUUGUAAAUUCCUUCUGUCAAGGCAGCCCAGCCGCGAUUGCAGCGGCAGCAGAAGCUUGGGAGACCCGCUGCUGUUCGAUCGCCUAGCUAGGGCUGUAGCGCCUGGCACCGGCUCCCAGUCUCGGUCCGCACCAUGCUGGGGCGGCGGCGGCGGCAGCAACCUUGGAUGGUACGAUUCCUACUCUCUGCCGCUUUUCCCGACCUCCCGUGUAUUUUUCCCGCCACCACGAGGCGAGACCUCGCUGGCUACAGCCCACCCCUCCGUGGAAUCGCCGUCUGUUGCUGCUGCCCCUUUUCCCUCCGCGCCCCAAACUCGCUGCUUUGAUUUGUAUCCAGGGCGUUGUAGGUAGGAGGCCAGCGAGGAGGGAGGAAGGCAGGUGGACUUGGAAAAACAGCCGCUUUCCGGAGGUCCUGCCGCCGUCCCAAAUUCGACGGAGACGCCGGAGGUCACCUUCCUCCUGCCUAUAUUGCUGCGUCGUCCCAGGUGAGGAAAAUGGAAUAUUUUUUUUUAAAUGUGAUUUUUGUCAGACAAAUGAUAAUUCAUUGAGACAACAGAGGAAUCCAGGAUGGAUGGCUUAGUUAAACAAAAAGGUGUGCUUAAAAAGCAUAAUAAGGCAAUUGAUGCCAAGAAGAAGAAUGGGUUGAUUAACACAAGGAACUUAAUGGCUGAAAACAGGGAGGGGUUGGUAUCUGUGUAUCCAACUGCUCAGUAUCAGGGUCGGCCAGUUGGGCCUCUCUAUCCACCAAAUGACCCAAUACAACAGCUUCUUGACCCCAGUACUCUGCCACAGACAGUAGAAUCCCGCUAUCAUCCAAACAUCAUCCUCUAUUCAGAAAGCAUGCUACGAUCCUGGGGAGAAAGCUUGAGUGCAGAAUGCUGUGAAACAACUUUUAUUGAGGACAAGUCACCCACCAAAGGCUGCCUGGAUUAUCCUGAAGGCAAAUUUGUCAGUCUAUCUGCAGAUGAGAUUAAGAUCCAGACCCUCUCCUAUGAUGUGGAAGAAGAAGAAGAAGAAGAUGAUGAUGAUGACGACGACGACUUCCAAGAACUAGAGAGUGAUUACUCAAGUGACACUGACAGUGAAGACCAUUUCCUUAUGAUGCCUCCCAGAGAUCAUCUUGGGCUCAGUGUGUUCUCCAUGCUGUGUUGUUUUUGGCCGUUGGGAAUAGCUGCUUUCUAUUUGUCACAUGAGACAAACAAAGCCAUUGCUAAAGGGGAUUUCCACCAAGCAAGCUCCAGUUCACGGAGAGCUCUCUUCUUGGCUGUGCUAUCCAUCACCAUUGGAACAGGCAUCUAUGUAGGAGUUGCUGUAGCACUCAUAGCUUAUCUAUCAAAAAACAACCACAUAUGAAAUUUGACAAAUUAGACUGCUACCAAAAGCUAUAGAGGAAUGAUGUCGUACCUUUCAAAUAUAAAUAGUUUUGAGAGUGAGAAGGGCUGUCAUAAAUUUAUACAAUCUGAAUUCUGAAGAAAAAUAUUCUGGAUCUUUUUUACUUUUCUGAUUUAUUUUUAAUAUUGGCAAAACUGUUAUUGCAAGAAAGCCAUGGGCAUUUCCAAAUACCCAAAGGUAGCCUCAGACCUUGUUUGUAUUUUUUUUCUGGUCUAAAUUAUGUUCAACUCCAAAUUUGGGAUCACCUGUCAAAAAGUAAGAGUCAUCUGAAGUUACAAAACUAAAGGUAGAGGGUCUGAAAGUGGUUUUGCUAUCCCAGAAAGCUAAUUCUGGAUUUUGGAUGGCUAAGAACUAGUAACUGUCUUAGUGCUUAUCCAUGAUUAAAAUACAAACAAAGCUGCAGAAUCAAUGUAAUGUAGGAAUAGCAAGGGACUGUCAGUUCUUUUAUUCAAUCAUAAUCAGAAAAGGGCCACCCCUGAGCCAAAUGAAAUGCAGUAGAUGAGGUGGCAGAUUUUGGUGUUAUAAGGAACAGCAGAAUGGGAAAGUGAGGGUUCCAGUUAAAGUAUAAAGUUGUUACAUACUUUGCAUAAACUGCACUGGAAAACACAGAAGCUGUUUAACACAUAACAGUGUUCUUGUGCAACCCUAUUCUUUGACUCAGUGUAGCUUACACAGGAAUAUUUCUAUACGGAUGGUUCAUAGAUGAUUUCAUUGAACAGCUUUGAAGUCAAAGCAUCUUGUGCUGGUUGGCCCUACUCCUAUAAAAAAAAACAACCUAGCUUACAAAGCAUGCUAUUCUUUCUGGCAGCAUCUCUUUUCCAGAGAGGAUUUUUUUCAGCAAGUAAAUAUACGAAACCCAUCCAUAAAUGUCAUGGCAAGGCAUGAGGUAUCUAUCACUGAGAAAGCAGCCUACUGGCACAAAAAUGUUUUCUUAGCUUACAGACUCACAUCUGAGCAAAACUGGAAUAUGUUGAAAAAUGUCUCUUGGUACAAAACAUGAAUAAGCAAUGGUCAUAUUGUAAAGAAUGUAUUUAAUAUUUUAAAAACUGUGUCUAAAAAUCAUGAUAUAACAUAUCUCUUCUAAUGGUCUUUUGCUCUCUUGAAGCAAUCUUUUCAUGUGGCAUUUUACAGAAUCUUAUAAAACCAUUCACUACAAUGAAAUAA